AUGAGAGAAUUUGUGAAGAGAAGUAGAAAGCGAGACGGUUCUGCAAGAAGUUAUAUUUACGAAGCAAGUAUGAUAUUAGAAGGUCGUGGAAAGAAAGAAACAGUGAAUUAUGAGGAAGUGCUUGAAAAAUUCAUGGAGUACAUGGGAAGCAAUAUAACAUACAACAAAGACAUAUACAGUGAGUUUAAGUACUACUGUGAACAGCAUGAGAUUGAAGUAAUGAGUAAAGGAGACUUUGAAACGCUUAUGAAAGACAGUAAGGAGGUCGUUCAUGAGAACAGUGAUGAAAUAGUUCAUGAGAACAGUGAGGAGGUCAUACAUGAGAACAGUGAUGAAAUAGUUCAUGAGAACAGUGAGGAGGUCAUACAUGAGAACAGUGAUGAAAUAGUUCAUGAGAACAGUGAGGAGGUCAUACAUGAGAACAGUGAUGAAAUAGUUCACGAUGUCGUUCGUGAAGAAGCCAUUGCAACAAAGAAUGAGAUAAAGGAUUUCAUAGAACUUAACAAGGAGGAGUUUAAAGAAGGCUAUGAAGUGAAAAGAUGUGAAGAAGAUUUCUUGGCGUAUUUGAAGAAAAAGAGACUAAAGCCAAUGGCUCAAAAUAAGUUUCAAUCGAUGUUUGAAAAGAAACGUUUGAGCUAUGGUGGUGUAAGAAGCACAUAUUACUUUGUUAAGAAGUGA